AUGAUUCAUCAAAAGCAAAAUAAUAUUUCGAAUGGAGAUGCUAAUCCUCUUAUCACUGUUAAGCAGUUUGAAAACUUAGUAAACGAUAAACAAUUUAAUAGCAGUAAAAGAAUUGGAGUGAUAGGUAUGGCAUGUAGAUUUCCAUUAAAUACUUCGGAUCCAAUGGAUUUUUGGAAUUCACUGAAAAUUGGUCGCGAUAAUACGAUUAAAAUACCAUGCUCGAGAAUAGAAAAUCGAGAUAAUUUAAUAUCACAAACAAAUGAUAAUUCAUUAACUAGAUGCCAUUUGUUAUCACAUGAUAUAUCAUUAUUUGAUGCCAAUUUUUUUGGAAUUUCGAAAAGUGAAGGAGAAAAAAUGGAUCCACAACAGCGAUUAUUACUCGAAUGUAUCUAUGAAUGUAUGGAAAAUGCAAAUUUAACAACACUAAAUGAUACGGGAAUGUUUAUCGGUGUGAUGAGUAUUGAAUACGCUAAUCUCGCCAAUAAACUCGAUAUUAUUUCGAUGCUUGGCUCGAGCGCAUCUGUUAUUUCUGGCCGUUUAAAUCAUAUUUUCAAUAGUAAUGCGCCAAGUAUUACUAUAGAUACGGCGUGUAGCUCAUCACUUGUUGCUCUUGAUCUAGCUGUUAAAGCGAUUUCAAACAAUGAAUGUUCUAAAGCUAUAGUUGCUGGAGUUAACUUGAUUUUAACUGAAGACGGACUUAGACGUCGAAUGAAUGGAGGAAUGUUAUCAACUGAUGGAUUAUGCAAAGCGUUUGAUGCCGAAGCUAAUGGUUAUGGAAGGGCUGACGGCUGUGCAGUUCUAUUGCUAGAGGCAAUAGAUUCUAAAGUUUUACGCUCAAUCCUUGGUUACAUUGAAAUAACAUCUGUUAACCACAAAGGCAGGAGUAUUUCAUUAACAACUCCAAAACAAAAGUCGCAAGAAAAGCUGUACAAGAAAUGUCUUCGAAAUAUUCCUAGAGAUAUCAAUGUGACAUACUGGGAAGCGCAUGGAACAGGUACAAAUAUUGGUGAUAAAAAGGAGGUUCGAUCACUUAGCAAUUGCUUAAAUGAAUGUAUUAUUGGUACUGCAAAGGCUCAUAUCGGUCAUACUGAAGCUGGGUCGGGUGCAGCUGGAUUCAUAAAACUUCUUUUGCAAAUGCAACAUGAAUACACGGCAUCCCAUAUUCAUUUUUCAGUUGCUAUGAAUAAAUUUCAUAAUAAAUUACGAUUACCACUUAUAGGAGAGGAAUGGUUCGGUAAUGCUAUGGGAAUUUCUUCAUUUGGAGUUAGUGGUACAAAUGCAGCAGCAAUAAUCACUAAGCCAUUAAAUAAUUGCAGGGAAUUGUUGUUAUCAAAAAGUCAAAAAAAUUUCUAUAUUUGCCCAGUUUCUGCUAAAUCUGAAUUAUCACUGUACAUGUUAAUUGAUUUAUAUGCUCAAAUGCUUCAUGAAUCUUCUCAUGCAUUAUGGUUGCUUUGCACUUGUGCAGCUAUUAAUCGAAAUCAUUUCAAAUACCGAGCCGUUUUUCUAGCAAAUAAAUCAUCAGAUCGACAAAUUAAAAAAAUUCUGCCAAAAUCUUUUAAUGAAAUAAAUCGCCCAUUUGGAAUUAAAUUAUCUAUUAAAAGUCUAAAUACGCAAAAUUUUAUAAAAUGGUUUGCUGUAAAAGCGAAUAGAAAAAAAUUCAAAAAAUCAGAACGGAUAAUCCAACGAAUAAACGAAAAACUGAUAAAAUUUUAUCAGAAAUCUUUAUCAGAAAAAUAUUUGCUAUUAUCUGCUUAUUUUUAUGCGUUAAUUAUGCAAUUCAUUGAUAUUGGAUUACAAAUCGAUGCAAUUGAAAUCGCUGAACGACGAUCUAUUGUUUUAGCAUUUGCUUUAACGAAUAUAUUUGAGAAAAAAAAUGAAAAAAUUAUGAAAAAAAAUUCAUUUUCGACGAAUCGAAAAAAAUUUUUUCAAGAAAACGUAAAAAUUUUCAUUUCAUCAGAUUUAAAACAACAAUUACUUCUCGUUUAUCGUUUAUCAUUAAACAAUUAUCUCUUUGAUAAGCAAAAUUCAUCGAAUAACGAUUAUAAAUGGUUUGAUCUUAAAAAAAUUUCGCAUAGUAAUUUUUACGAUUUAAUCGGUCAAUUUUAUAUUAAUGGUGCUACAAUUAUUUGGAAAAAAAUUUGCAAAACGCCAGUUCAAUCCGUUUAUUUGCCUAAUUAUACGUUUAAUCGUGAAAAAUUGUGGUGUAUAAGUGGAAAAGAGGAAAUUUUUGACGACUCACUACUCGGACGAAUUGUUAAAAAAUUUAAUAAUAUAAUUGAAUUUGAGAAUUACAUUAAUAUCAACGAUAAUCCGGAUUUUUUCGAUUAUUUAAUCGACAAUGAGGAAAAAUUUCCAUUCGGUUUGAUAAUCGACUUAACGAUAAGAGCAUUAAAAUUCGUUAUCAUGCAACAACAACAAAAUGAUCGCUCGCAAUUUCCUUCUGUUCAAUUGAUAAAUCUAAAAUUUAAGAAGCAAACAAUUUCAAAAAAUGGUUUUUGGAUAAGAAUACGACUAUCGAGGACGAAUACGAUUCAUUAUAACAUCGUAAUAAAUUCUCAAAAUAAUAUUCUUUUUUCUGCUGAUUUACAAUUAUGUAAAUCGUUUUCAGAAAAAAAUAUCGUAAAAAAACUUCCAAAAAUCAAAAUGAGACCAAUUUUGAGAUUUUAUGAAAUAUUAGAAGAAAAAGGCAUAAAAUAUAGACGAAAUAUGCAAAUUAUUGCCGUAAGUUCAAAAAACGGAGAAUAUUUUCGAAUAAAGUGUUUAGAAAGUAAUAUUUGGACUAUGGCAUCAGAAGCGAUUCUACAAAUUUUAUACUUCAAAAAUAUUCUAUCAGCCAAAAAUUUCGACAUUUUAAGCCAAAUAAAUAACAUUCGACUCGAUUCUUCCUCACUUCCAGUUGAAUUAUAUAUAAAAUUUUCAUAUAGUGCCGUGCUUUUAUGCUCAAAAGAUGGCAUUGUUUUCGCAAAUUUCUCGAUCAAAACAGAAUUUAAUGAAAAAUUACAUAAUGAAAAUUUAAUGAAAAUUAUAGAUGAGGAAAAAUUGGAAUCACAAAUUGAUAAGAAAUAUCAAAAUGAAUAUAUGUUUCCGGAAAAUAGAGAAAAAUUAAAACUUACAAUAAAUGAUGUCGCGAAUAAAGUAAAACGUGCAAUGGAAGACGUAUUAGGCGGACAAGCUAAACGAGAUGAUUUUCAAUUAAGCGACACAUUUAAUAAGUAUGGCUUUGAUUCCUUGGCUAUUACGGAUUUAACUAACCGACUCUCGGAAAAAUAUUUUAGUGGAAUCGAUAUUCGUGUAGUCGAUAUAUUUGAAAGUAGAACCGUGGAAUCGUUAGCUAAUUUUAUUUUUACAAAGCUUAAAAUCAAGGAGUUGUCUAAACACGUGGAGAUGGAAAAAUAUAUCAGUGAUAAUGAGACUAGUAAAGAUUCUAGCGAAUUCUCACAAAAGGAUUCUGGUUUAUCGUUGAGUCGAGCCGAUUCCAAUGAAUCUUUGAUUUCAUUUCGACCAGAUGAUCGAUGUUUUUUUAUACGAAAGUAUUCUUCGAUUAGAUUCGAUUAUAACGAUGAAAUGCAUCUUCGAAUCACAAUAACUGAUAAGAAAACUGAUCAACGUCAAGCGAUCAUUUUAAAUUCGAAUAAUUCCGAAUUGGCUUAUGAUAAAGAGCGAAACAAUUGGAUAGUGAAUAGCAGAUGCGUAGAUCAAAUCCUAAAAGCCCUUGAAAAUCUUACAGUAACAGCAAAGCGACAAGUUAUUCUUCAAUUUGACUUCGAAACAGAUCUAUCAAUUGCUAGCUUAGCACGAAUUCUUCUAACAAUUUCACGUUUUAUGGUUAAUUCAAAAAAUAAUUUCAUCGUACUAAAUGAAUCGCGAUUUGGACGAGCGAACGCUUUUGCUACUGGUUUUAUGAAAAGCCUUUCUGCAGAAUAUUAUCCUAAAAUUCGAUUUUUGUGGAAUUUUUCUCUAGAAAAUUGGAAAAUUUCAGAUGUCAAGCCAGUAAAAUCUACUGUAACCAACGCUAAUACUGAUCCCGAAAACUGGCUUAUAACUGGCGGUACACGAGGACUUGGUUGGCAAAUGGCCUUAUGGAUAGCUGCUAAUAGAAGAGUCUCAAAUAUUACUCUUGUGGGACGAAAUCCGUUGCCAAGCAAUCAGCAAAAUAUGCUAAAUAAAAUUCGUAAAACGAUUAAUAUUGAAAUCUUAUCAGUCGACAUAACUGUAUCAUCGCAAGUUAGAAAAUUAUUUAAACAUUCCACGCAUAAGUUUACGAGUAUAAUUCAUAGUGCUGGUACCAUUGAUGAUGCGAUAUUAAUUAAGCAAACUGAAGAAAAAAUUCAAAAAGUAGCAUCAGCAAAAUGUAUUGGACUUCUACUUUUGGCCAAAAUGAGUGAUCGUUAUUCGCAUCCUCUUAAACAUUUCAUCUUAAAUUCUUCGAUCGCAUCAGUCAUUGGUAAUCGUGGACAAUGUAAUUAUUCAGCAGCAAAUGCAUAUGCAGAUGAAUUUAUGCGUGAAAGACGCGCUAAAGGCUUUCCGGCAACAAUAAUAAAUUGGGGAAAUUGGCUUGAAACUGGAAUGGCCAUUCCAAUAACGGAACAUUUACGUAAAAUCGGCUUAAUUGGAUUAAAUACUACUGAUGCAUUGUCUUAUUUGCGAUUUGCGAUCGAACAAAAUCCCGACGAAAUUAUAGUGGCAAAUUUUAAUUUUAAAAUAUUAAUUAAAAAUCGUGUCGAUCUUGAAUCAGUUUUUCAAAAUUUCGUUAAAAAUCUUCCAUCAACCGAUACAAAUCAAAUGAUUUCCAUGGUCAAUAAAGGCGCUAAUCCUUCCAGGAAUCAUAAACUUUCUCCUUGUUCAAAUGUAAAUCCAGAAAAAAAAUUUAAUUCAAUUUCAGCUAUACAUAAUUUUUUUGCGCUUGUAAUUGGCUCAAAAACAAUUGAAGGAUUGCGAUUAAAGAUUGAUCUUAUCUAUGAUCUAAUUUUGAAAAGUGAUAAAAAUAUGACUUCGAUUAUUUUAGAAUUUUCGAAAAGAGAUAUGGAAAGGAAAUUUCUAUCCACCAUAUUCAUAGGCAAAAAUCGCUUACAAAUUGCAAAACAUAUUGCUGCAGAUAGAAAUUACCACAAUAUUAUAGAAUUCAAUGUUCAACAAAAGCCGAUAGUUUGUUUUGUUUUUUCGGGUCAAGGGUCACAAUUAUGGAAUAUGGGUCGACAAUUGAUGCAGUUUUUUCCAUUAUUCAGAGACAAUUUAUUACAAACGUUGUCCAUUGCCCAGACUUAUAUGCCUAAUAACAGUUCGAAUCUUUCCAGUAUCCUCUAUGAAUGGCCGCACUAUUUGCAAUUGUAUUCGACAGAAUACGCUCAACCAAUAAUUUUUUGUUUCUGCUAUGCACUUGCUAAACUUUAUAAUUAUUUUGGUGUGGAAGCAAAUUAUUACGUUGGCCAUAGUAUUGGUGAAAUCGUUGCUUUCACUCUAGCGGGAAUGAUAACACUUGAAGAUGCGCUUAAAAUCAUUGUUCAAAGAGGUCAAACUCUUGGUCAGCUGAAAGGAAAGGGUCAAAUGUUGGUUGUAAAUGGUCAAAUUCGUCAAGAAUUAUUUCAAAAAUUUAAUAUUGAAAUAGCAGCUGAGAACAGCAAUCGGCAAUUAGUGAUUGCCGGAAAUAAUCACGCUAUUCGUGAUUUUUUAAAUGAACAAUGGCGUGAAGAUAAAAACUUUAACGCCUUCAUCCUUAAUCAUGAAUAUCCUUUUCAUUCGUCCAUUGUAAAACAAAUAGAUUUGAAAAAAUUUCAUGAAUUAUGCGAACAAAUUCAAUUCAAUGAACUUGAAAAUGCCGUUGUUGUUAGUAAUAUUUCCGGAAAAUUAUUACGAAAAUUAUCCGCGAACUAUCUUAUCAAUCAUUUAUAUUCAACGGUUCAAUUUAAAAAAUCUAUUAUAACAGUUAAAUCGUUUAAUACAAAAUUGUGGUUAGAAAUUGGGGUUGGAGAAACGUUAAGUAAUUGUAUUCGAAAUAUUAUCGAUAAUCAUUCGUCCAUCACUAUUCCUUCGCUUCAAAAUAAUAUAAUGGAAAAUGAAUCCAUAAUUCGAUCCUUAGUUGAACUAGAAAAUCAUGGUUUAUUGAUCGAUUGGCAAAAAGUUUAUUCAUUAGGACCAUUGAUAACAUCGUCGUACAGACUUGCCGAUGAUAUAAAUUGUCCUUUCAUUUCUUUUAUAAAGCUCUAUGAAAAUUUCGAUGGAAUUGAAUUUCAACAUCAAAUUCAUGAGCAAGCAAUAAUUCCUGCAGCGCUUCCUUUAACUAUUUUACUGAUAUUAUCAACUAAUUCGAAAUAUGAAUCUAAUGAAGGUGAACAACGAAUUCGUGCAACAUUAGGGCAAAUCAUUCUACGCAAACCUAUUAAAACCCUAACUGAUAAUGGCUUAAAUUUGAUCAAACAAGGUGAUACACUUCAACUGAUUAAAGAUGAUAUUAUUCUAUAUGAAUGUAAACUUUAUAAAUCCGGUAAAAUGCAUAAAAUGCAUUUAAACAUUGAUGCAAAUCUAAAUUCAUUGGAUUAUCGAAAUUUUUAUGAAACUUUACGAGUAAAAAAACUUCAAUAUAGUCCACUUUUUAUGAUAUUGAGAAAUAUUUGGCGUAAAAAUGGUGAAAGUGGUGAAAUAAUAGCCGAAUUAGUGAACAUUGAUUAUCCAUUUCUAAUUAUUGAAGGAGCAUUUCAAACACUUCUAGCUGCAGCUUUCGAUCAUAUCGAUCCAAUUAUUUAUAUUCCAGUACGAAUUAAUAUUUUAGAAAUCGACUGUAGUCGAGAAACUCGUGGAAAAUCAUAUAUUGCACACGGUAUAAUAACUGAACAAAAUUCUAAUUUGUUAAGAGGCAGCGUUAUGAUAUUUGAAGCUGAUAAGCCCAUCUGCCUAGCUUAUGAUAUAAUAGGAAUCGCAAAAAAUACGAAAUGGCUUAGGAAUAUUUCAAAUUCCAUCGAUCAUUUCGGAUCAACGGCAAACGAUGAAAUGCCAAAGCAGGACGGUUCUUACUUGAAGCUGAAAAGCAAUAACAAAAAGAAUCAUCAAAGCAAACUCGAACAAAAUACAGAAGGAAGUUCGGAAACUCGGAAUGCCUCUCAGACUAAUCAACAUAUCGCAAUUAUUGGGUAUUAUGGUCAAUUUACUGAUUCGUUACAAGAUAAUGGAAUGCUGUGGAAUAAUAUCAAAGCUUCAUGUACAGACAUAAGUGAUAAUAAAUUCAGUGAUAAGAUUGAACAAUUUGAUCCAGAAUUUUUCGAUAUAAGCCCUAAGGAAUCAAUUUUUAUCGAUCCUCAACAACGGCUGAUCUUAGAAGCUGUUCAGCGAACAAUGGAAAAUGCUGGUUUGAAAAAACUUGACCAAAGUACUGGAACUUUUAUUGGAAUAAGUUCCAGUGACUUUGCACAGAAAGCUUACGCUGAAAUGAAACACCUAAAUCCUUAUCUCAGUACAGGUACUAGUAAUAGUACAAUUGCUGGACGAAUCGCUCAUUGGCUUAAUCUUACAGGUCCAACGGUUGUUCUUGAUACAGCUUGCUCCUCAUUCAUGUCAGCACUUAUUUGUGCAUGUGAUAAUCUAAUUCAGGGAAGAUGUAAAAUGGCAUUAGUUGGUGCUGUUAAUCUUAUUUUAAGCGAAAAAACAACUGAAGUCUUGCAGCUGACUGGAGUUCUCAGUGAAAAAGGUUAUUGUAAAUCGUUCGAUGCAGCUGCAGACGGUUACAAACGUUCGAAUGGUAUAGCUAUGAUUCUGCUCAAAAAUCUUCGAGAUAUCAAUAAUUUUAGUGGUGUUUUUAUUAAAACAUAUGCGAUUGGACAUAAUGGUAAAACUAGCGGAAUAACAGUUCCAAGUGGAAAUCGACAAUGCUUUCUCAUGUCGUCAGCACUAGAAAAAUUGCAGCCAUAUUUAGAAACAAUUGAUCAAGUAGAAGCUCACGCAACUGGUACAAAAUUAGGGGAUUCAAUUGAAAUUUCAUCAAUUUGUAAGACAAUAAAAAAUUUCCAAAUGGAGAAAGAUUUUUAUUUAACAUCAGUUAAAUGUUCAUUGGGUCACUGUGAAACUGCAGCGGGUGCAGCUUCGUUGAUUUUCGUCAUUCAUUCGUCAAAAAAUAAAUAUUUACCAGCUAUUGAACAUUUUUCUCUUCGUAAUCCAGAAGCUAAAUUUUAUGAUAAUUUUAUUUUGCCAAUCAUUGGUAUCGAAUUCGAAUCUGAACGAACGGUUCUGAUUAAUUGUUUCGGACUAAGUGGUACAAAUGUUUGUCUUAUUCUUCAGUCAAAAAGUUUUAUCGAUAAAAAGCGCGAACCACAAUCAAACACAUCUAUUUCUGCUCGUAUUGCAGUAAUUUCAGCUAAAAGUUCCACUAAAUUGGCGAAUAUGUUGGACGAAUUCGAGGAAUUUAUUAUGGAAACUAACCAACCACUCACCGAUAUUUGCACAUCUUUGCAAUGUUCUAGAAAACAUUAUAAGCAUAGAGCUGCUGCAAUUCUUUCAUUAACUUCAAACGCUCUUUGGAUUUCGAAUAAAUUUAGAAACGAAGAUGAUAACGGAAAUUUUUCUUAUGCUUCAAUAUCGCAACAAUUAGCUUUAGCCAUCGCUCGCCUUUACAUUAGUGGAAUCGAUGUGAACUGGCAAAAAUUUAAUCCUAGAAAUAAGCGAAAAUACGAAUGCAAUCUGCCUUCUUAUAUUUUUAAUAAAAGAAAAUUUUGGGCAUUUAAUGAUGAAGAGAGAUUUCAAAAAAUCAACAAUACAAAUAGUGUGGAAAAUUGUGGAGGAAAUUUGAAAAAUCAUAGAAUUCCAGAAUUCCAAAAAUCAGACAAUAUUUCUAAUUUGGAAGUGGCAAAUGAGUCGCAGUCGAGGUCUUCGAGUGAGGAAAACUUCGAACCGUUGUUAUUUCAGAAUUCUCAACUAAAACCAUCUGAAUUUUCCACUAAAAAAUUUUCUCAUGGCGGGACGAAAAAUACACGACAAACGUUUGAUAAUGAUUACAAGAAGUGGUUAUAUCAAUUGCAUUAUGUAAAGCGUGAUUUGGAUGAAACAAUAGAUCAUCAACUGGAAAAAUUCGUAGCAAUAAAUUUUCCCAAAAUGGAUAAAUGGAUAUCGAGCUCGGCGAAAGCCUGUUGCAGUACCACUUAUAAUACGAAUGAUGAUACACUAAUAGUAGACUUAUUACGUAAUUGCGAUUGUCGACACGUAAUCAUUCACUGGGAAAAUUCUGGAGCUAUCGAAGAACAAAUUAUAUCGCAAUCAUUAAUAAUUAUACGUUUGUGGAUAAUCCUCGAUAAAUUUUACAGUAAUUCAAAGCCAGCUAUAACUGUAUGUUUGAUGAAUCAAAAAAUAGCAACAGGCUGUGGCGCUCUUUUGCGAAGUUUGGCAUCUGAACGACCAACUAUCACCUAUAAAUUGAUAGAAAUCGAUGAAAUUAAUGCAAAAAUCCUUCGAGAAAUCUCAUCGUCGUGUCGAAAUGAAAUUGUGAAAUAUUUCAAUGAAAUACGCUACGUACAAAGAUUGAAAAGAUUUCAUGUGAUAAGCAAAUUUAAAAAGCCUAAAUUGAAUCGAAUUUUAAUAACAGGUGGCCUCGGUGGAAUUGGUCAAGCAUUAAUUAAGCAUCUAAGACCUAAGCGAGUUAUUGUUAUGUCUAGAAAUUUGCAUGAUGCAGAAAUAAAAAAAUUGCAGAAAAAUUCCAAAACGAAAAUUACUAUUGCCCAAGGUGAUUGUAGUAAAUUUAGUGAUGUGAAGCGUAUAUUUAAUAAAGCAAAACCAUUCGAUGUUGUAAUUCAUUGCGCUGGUAUCGUGGAAAAUGCUUUAAUGGAAAAUAUGGAUCAGCAAAAAUUUUUGAAUGUUUUUGCAGCUAAAAUUCAUGGAACAAUCAAUUUAGUAAAACUUUGUGAAGAGAAUAAAAUUUCUAAACUCAUUACAUUUUCAUCGAUGGCUUCAGUCUUUGGUUCUGCUGGACAGGCGAACUAUGCGGUGGCUAAUCAAAUUAUGGAACAACUGGUGAUUUCGUAUAAUUCAAGCUUAGUUUUAAGUUGGGGCCCAUGGGCCGAUUUAGGGAUGUUAAAUGGUAGCGAAAAAAAAUUUACCAGAAAUUAUAUCAUACAAAAUGGCUGGAAUUUCCUGCCAAAAAGGAAAGCUUUAACCGCUAUGAUAAAUUUAAUACAUAGUGUCGGACAUUUUAUAAUUAUGGAUAUUGAUAUGGAUCAAAUAAUAAAGAAAACGCCACAUUUGGCCAACUUAUGUGAGUUUAUUAUGAAUAAGGAUAGGCUUCUCGUUAGGCAUAAUGAAGGAAGUCAACAAGCCUGGAAUCACAAUACAUCUCAACGAAAAAGUACCGUUAACGAUAUCCUUCGUAAAAUUAUAUGGGAAGUGAGUGGAAAUGAGAAUAUUGAUGAAGAAACUGGAUUUAUGUCAAUCGGAAUCGAUUCAUUAAUGAUUGCUGAAAUCAGAAGAAGUAUACUAAGAGAAUGGAAUAUUGAUUUACCAAUGGCAACUUUUUAUGACAAAUGUACUCUUCGUUUACUGGAAGACAAUAUUUCUGAGAUUCUAUCUAAAAGCGACAAUAAGCCUAAUAAGCCGAAUGCCUUUAGGGAAUCCACGAUACUAGGUGAUGAUCAAAUCGCUAUUAUCGGAUAUUCAGGUGGAUUCUCUGGAGCUCAAGACAUCGAAUCAUUUUGGCAAAAUCUUAUCGCAGGUAAAGAAUCGAUAAACAAUGAACAAAGUGGUGAACCUAUUGAUGAUGGUGAUUUUGUUAAUGCGGCAGGUAUUUUACCUGAUUGUGAUAAAUUCGAUCCAAAAUUUUGGAAGUUGUGUAGGGAAGAUGCGAUGCGCCUGGAUCCACAAAUAAGAAAAUUCGUUGAGCAUGCUUACUGGGCCUUAGAGAAAAGUGGAGAAAUUAAAAAUCGUAGAAACAUACGAAUAGCAGUUCUAGCUGGUGCUGAACCAUCUGAUUAUAAUGCCCUUGAAAAACAACCAGACGAUUUGAUAGCAAGAUUGUAUGCAAAAAACCAGAAAGAUUUCUUGGCUAGUUGGACAAGCUAUCUAUUAAACUUAAAUGGUCCAUCUUUUGGAGUUUAUUCAGCAUGUUCCACAGGAUUACUGGCUGUUGCCCAAGCUAUUAACCUUCUUAAAAAUGAACAGUGUGACAUCGCUAUCGCUGGAGCUAGCUCAUUAGUUUUACCACAUCAACCUGGAUACUAUUACAAAGAAGGAGGCAUUUUUUCACCCACUGGUCAAUGCAGACCAUUCGAUCAAAAUUCUAACGGUACCGUAAGAGGGUCGGCAAUUGCUGUAAUUGUGCUAUGCAAACUGAAACGAGCAAUCUCAAAAAAGAUUCCAGUAAAAGCAAUAAUUGAAAAUUAUUCCGUAAAUAAUGAUGGAUCUGUGAAAGCAAGUUUUAUGGCCCCAAAUGUCACCGGACAAACGUCUUGCUUAAGGGAAGCCACUCGUUUUACUAAUAUUAAUGAUGUAAUGUACGUUGAAUGUCAUGGAACAGCUACUAGAAUCGGUGACAACAUCGAACUUACAGCUAUGUCAAGCGUUUACAAUAAAAAAUUAUAUAUAGGUUCAGUUAAAGCCAAUAUUGGUCAUGGUUUUGCGAGUAGUGGGAUCGCUGGUCUCAUAAAACUUUGCGAGAUCAUUAAACAUCGAAUUAUUCCAAAACAAAUUAAUUUCACAAAUAUGAACGAAGGAUUUCCAUCAACGAAAUACACGAUACCGGUAGAAAAUAUUUGUAUCGAAGAGCGAGGACAGUUCGCAGUCGGCGUUAGUUCUUUUGGUAUUGGUGGUACCAAUGUACAUAUGGUACUGCGAUCACCUCCUGAUAAUCUGAAACCAACUUAUGUGAAUAGAAAAAAAUAUUAUAUCUUACCUAUUUCAGCAAAAUCUGAAGAAUCCUGCAUAAUGCUUUGUCAUCGAAUUGCUGAAUUUAUAAAUGAAAAAACUUCUGAUCUUCCUUCACUAGCAUAUACGCUUCAGAAUUAUCGUGAGGAAUUCGCCUAUAAAGUAGCAUUUGUUGUAAGCGAUAUUGAAGAUGCAAUCAAACAACUUCGCGGCGUCAGCGAUGUCACUUUUUCAACAAAAAUUCAAAAAGAUAAUAUCGCAUUUUAUUUCUCAUCUCAAGGAAUUCAAUAUACUGGUAUGGCUCAAGAUAUGUUAUCAGAGGAAGAAGCGUCAGUAUUUUCAGAAGAAAUGCAAAAAUGCCGCUCGAUUUUAUCUCAAUUAUUAGGAAUAGAUAUUUUUAAUAUAUUAUAUCCAGCUGACACAAAUAAUUGCCACUAUAUUACUGAUAAACGAUAUACGCAAGUUAUCAAUUUGAUAACCAACUAUUCUAUUUAUCAACAGCUGAAACAAUGGGGCAUUGAAUGUUCCGUAGCAAUUGGUCAUAGCUCAGGAGAAUAUUCGGCCGCUACUUGCGGUGGUGUAUUUGAUUUAAGUACUGCCAUUGAGAUUCUUAUAAAACGUAGUCGUUUGAUGUCUUCGACAAAAAAAUAUGCAAUGAUCGCUAUUCGAGAUUAUUCAGGCAUAUUUCCUAAAGAAAUUGAAAUUACUGCUAUUCUUAGCAAUCGUCUUGUAUGUGUAGUUGGUCAACCCGACGAUAUUAGUCAUUUUAAAAAAGAACUUAGCGUAAAGAAUAUCGAAUUUCGUGAUUUAAACGUUGACCUAGGAUUCCAUAGUUCAGCAAUGGAACCCAUAAUGAAACAAUUUGGAGAAUAUCUUGAUCAAUUUCAUUUUCACCAAUCAUCGCUAUCAAUAUUAUCAAAUAUCGAUGGUCAAGUAGUUCAUGAAUUUAAUAGCGAUUAUAUGGUGAAGCAUAUGAGAAAAAUUAUAAGAAUCGAUAAGUGUUUAGCCAAUUUACCAUCGGCAAUAAAAGCGAUCGUUGAAAUCGGUCCGAAAGGCAUUCUUUCAAAUCUAAUCGAAGAUACGAGGCAUAAAAUCGUUACAGUACCAACAAUUGCGGCAAAGAAUCAAAACUCCAAAUCUUCGAUAAAUUUAUUAACUACUAUUGCAGAUUUGUGGCGUUUUGGUGCAAACAUAGAAUGGAAUAAGAUUUUUCCAGAGGCUAAUUUCGAUUCAAAUAUUCCAAACUAUCAGUUUCAAAAAGAAAUUUGUUGGAAUAACGAAGUGUUCCACGAAGCGCAUCAAGUAAAAAUCCAUAAACAGUGCUGGAUUGAUGUGCCAAUAAAAGCGAAUAAUGCGUUUAGGCCAAAAGGUGUACUAAUAUUUAUGCUAAAUUAUUCUAAUCCAUCAAUCGCUAAACUCCUUUUAAAUCUCAAAAAUCAAUUUAUACAGUAUUUAUGCGUAAUCGCCAAUAUAAAUAUUGAAAAAUUUAGCAUAAUUAAGAAUUCGUUAUGCAUAAAUCCUUUCGUGGAAGAAUCUUAUCAAUAUUUAGCUGAAUAUUUACAAAAUUUAAAGUUUGAUUAUCAAUUAAUCAUCCAUGUUUGGAAUUUUAUCGACGAAUUUGAUAAUGAUAAUGAAGAUAGUGAUAAUGAUAAUGAAAAAAUACUUCAAUUAAGUUUCUAUUCGAUUCUAUGGAUUAAAAAAUAUUUUAUAAAUUCAAAUAUUGAAAAUAUGAAAAUUGCUAUGAUCGCUGAAAAUAGAGCGCCACCCGAAUUUUAUACUUCAUUAGCUCCACUAAGAGAACUACAAGCAACGCAUCCAGGAAUUUCUGCUUUUUCCAUUAUUCUUCCAUCUAAUAUAAAUCUUUGGGAAAUACUUGAUAAAGCUUGUUCAUUACCAGAAAUUACGCAAUUCUCAUUACUCCGUUACGAUGGCCAAAUUCUUCAACAAAUAGCCUAUAAAGAAGUGGAAAUGAAAAAAUAUUCGCAGCAAAUUUGCAAUGGAAAUGUCGUUCUUAUUUUCGGUGGUACGGGAUUUUUAGGUCGUUCUUUUGCUUUAACUCUGAUGAAACAUUUCAGUUCAUUGAAAAUUAUUUUAAUCAGUAGAAAUGCGAUUGAUAAACUGAAAAAUCGGAACUUAUUUAAACAACUCGAUUAUUGGAGUAAAAAAUCAAAUCACCAGUUGAUCGCUUAUAAUACAAAUAUAGGAGAUUCAAAAAAUGUCGGUGAAAUUAUACGAAAAUUUUAUUCAAAUUUUGGAAAAAUUAACGUAAUUAUACAUGCAGCUGGACAAGCGACAAAUCAAGUAACUGAAAAAACAAUUCGUCAAAUAAAGUCAGUAUUUGAAGCAAAAAUAAAAGGUACAUUAAAUUUUUUAAGAAGUAUAAAUGAAAAUAAUAUUCAAGUGGAAUUGUUGGUACUUACUUCAAGCCUUAGUUCCAUGCUUGGUUUACACGGUAAUGUAGACUAUAGCGCUGCAAAUAUAUUUCUCGAUGCAGUCGCGUCAAGUCGUAUAACUAAUAUAAAAAAUAUUGUCUCAAUACAAUGGUCAGGUUGGCAAGAAAGUGAAAUGUUAGUGAAUUAUAAUAAAAUUCCUCAGAAAUUAAGAGAACUUUUAUUGAGAGGUUCAUUGUCGAAAAAUGAAGGACAAAACGCCUUCUUGAAAUGUAUCAGUCAACAAGGAACAAUAGCAGUCUCGUUAGCUGACCCAAUAACUAUUUUAGAAAAAGUUAAAAAUAUACAAUUUCCUAAUCGAAAUCGAAAUGAAAAUUCUCUAAGAAUAGAACAUUCUCAAUCGUUUGAAGGUGAAAUAAAAAAGAUUUGGGAAAGAACGAUGGCAACAAAAAUGCCUUCUUCGUCGGCUAAUUUUUUUGAACUUGGAGGAAAUUCAUUGAAUGGAAUGCAAAUAGUAUGGGAAAUUAAUAAGCUUAUGGGUAUUAGAUGUACGAUUAAUGAUCUUUUUGAUCAUCCAAAUUUUAUGGAAUUUUUGCAAUUUUUACAAAAAAAUUAUCAAGUCAUGAAAAAUUUAGAUUCUAAUAUUCCUCGAUAUAGCGGUGAAAUUCGUUUUUUACCGUUGUCAUUUUCACAAGAGAAUAUGUUUUUACUACGAACUAUUCACGAGCCAACACUCUAUAAUAUUCAAUUUUUAAUAUCGUUCAAAGGAAAUUUAGAAACUACAUUUAUUAAUAAAGCACUAAGAAACAUAUCAGCUCGACAAGCAUCAUUACGUACCAUAUUCUACGAAGAUCAUGGAAAUAUUUAUCAAGAGAUUCUUUCAUUAACAGAAUCUUAUCACCACUUAAAUUGGUUACCUAUCGAGAUUGAUUCACUAGAAAAAAUAAUUGCUGAUGAAAAACGAAUUAAUUUUACGUUAAAAUAUAUACCAUAUAGAAUCGUCUCAUUGAAAACUACUGAUAAUAAAUUCAAUCUUAUCAUAUCAUUUCACCAUAUUAUAACUGAUGGUUGGUCAAUGACAAUUUUCGCUAAAGAACUAGUUCAAUCGUAUCUUUAUUAUAAGAAUCAAAAGCUUAUUGGAUCAAAUAACAAAAUAACAGGCAAAGAGAAAUUGGAACCAGUAAAUCUUCGAAUAGUCGAUUUUGCAAUUUGGCAACGAUCCGAAGAUCACUUAUCGAAAAUUGCAAAAGAUCUUCCAUUGGUAGUUGAAAGGUUGAAAGCAACAAAAGCUACAACGAUUAGAACAGAUCGAGCUGGAAAACUCUGUGGUAGUACCAAUCAUGAAACUGCUCAAUACAUUUUCAAUUUACCUGAAAUAAUAAAAAUUUCAAUAAAAGAAUUAGCGAAUCGAAAUAGAACAACCGAUUAUGUUAUAAUGCUUACCGCAUUCAUAUGCGUAAUUCGACGAUUCUCUUCCGAUUUCGAAUGCGAUCAAAUCGUAAUUGGUUGCCCGGUUUCUGGAAGAUGUCAUAGCGCUAUAGAAUCAUUAAUUGGUUAUUUUCUUAAUAAUAUAAUUAUUUUAGUGGAUAAUGUAAAAAGGAAUUCUACUAUAGAAGAUCUUAUUGCUAUUGUUAUUGAAGCGACUCGAGUCGCUCGUCGCUUUGAGCAUAUACCUUUUCAUCAAAUUGUCGCCGCCAUGGAUUCUUCACAACGACAACCAAAUAAACAUCCGAUUUUUGAAAUUUUCUUUAAUUAUCGCCACAAUCUUGAUUUUCCAAAUAUCACUAUACCGAAUGUUAAGAGUGAUAUUCAACAACUUACAACAAAUAAUAUUUUUGAUUUUUCAUUUACAAUAGACGAAAAAUUAGAUACUAUAGUUGUUACAAUCGACUAUAAUUCAACGAUUUAUCGUCACGAGACUAUCGCAAAAUUUUCAUUAGAAUAUAUUCGGACAAUUGGUGAUAAUAGUAUUAUCACUGGUGAUAAUAGUGUUGACAACGACAAAUAUCAUUCCUUGUCAUAUGUGAUUCCAACUUUUCCAACUUCCAUGAAUGGCAUGAAUGUUGUAUGGAAUGUUAACGAUUUAACACAACGUUAUCGUAGUGAUUUCCCAGAAAAUAUGACAGUCUCAAGUAUUAUAUUCGAACAAUGUCAACUGCAUGCGAAUGCGAUUGCAAUGUUGGUUGGCCACUCGACUGAAACUUAUUCAACGUUAAUCGAUCGUUCCAUAGUGCUAACACAACAUUUGCAACAAAUUUAUUUUCAACAAUUUUGUGAGGUACCAAGAUCGGAUAAUUAUCACCUUGUUGUCAUUGAUUUCAGCUCGCCUGAUUUACUUAUGAUAAUCUUAGCUAUAAUGUUGAGUGGGGCAGCUUAUGUUCCGCUUGAUCCUAAAAUGUCAGAAUCGCGUUAUGCACAAAUGAGAAGAACGCUAAAAUCAAAUUAUUUAGUUGUCGAUGCAGUUAUGGUGAACACUUAUAAAUCUAAAUAUUGUAAUAAAAAAAUAAAAUUACGAACUAUUCCCGAGGAUUUAGCUUAUAUUAUAUUCACAAGCGGAUCAACUGGUGAUCCAAAAGGAGUCUGCAUUACUCAUCGAAAUUUGGUGAAUUUCACCAAAGGUUCAUCGCAGCAAAUAUUUCUACGAGCAAAUAUGAAAGUUUAUAAUUCAGUGAACUAUGUUUUUGAUGUAAGUUGUAUGAAUAUUUUCACAACACUUUGCAAUGGUUCUACUUUGGUUGCAGGCGAUAAUUUACUGAAAGCGCCCGAGGAGAUAAUUUCGCUACGUAUCGACUUUGCAUUUCUUCCAUCAGCAUUAUUUAACACAUUUGACGAGCACAACUUAAAACGACUUAUCGCAUUAGAAAAAUUAUUUAUUGGCGGAGAAUCACCUAAUGAAAUACAGUUGGAAAAAUGCUUGAAACUCGGUAUAUAUACUCGGCAAAUUUAUGGACCAACUGAAACUACGAUUUGGUCAUUAACUAAUCUUUGUAAGCGGCGAGAAUAUGAAUGCGCCAGAAAUUUAGGUUGUCCAAUGGAAAAUGAGUAUAUCGUUCUUCUCGACAAUCAUGUUUGUCAAAUGCCAAACUAUGGGAUAGCAGAACUUGCUAUUACUGGUGAUGGUGUAGCUCGAGGAUAUCUUUCCGGAGCAACUGGUGAAGCUUUCUUACCAAACACUUUUCGUUCCGAUGAGGAGAAAAUUCUUGGGCGCAAUAAUUUACUUUAUCGCACCGGCGAUUUGAUAAGAAUUAUUGGGAAUAAAGUGAUCUUCAAUGGACGUAAAGAUUCGCAAUUGAAAAUACGUGGAUAUCGUAUUGAACCGGCUGAAAUCGAAGAAGCCAUUAGAUAUUGCGAUAAUUCGAUAGCCGGAAUUUUUAUUUAUAAACACGAAGCGACAAAUUCUUUAGUAGCAGUCGUAGAAAAGUCCAGCAUCGAUAGUCGAAGUCUUUUAAAGAGUGUCGCGAAAAUAAUGCCACCUUAUUUAGUUCCACAGAUAAUAAUCACAAUGAACGAAUUUCCUCUAAAUAAUAGUGGAAAAGUCGACAAACAUAAACUAAUGGAAAUUAUUGAGAGAGAUUAUAUUGUUAAUAAAAAUUGUUCUUCGUCUUUAUUAUUCGAAGACGAAUUAACCGAAACGGAGAAAAAAUUGGCAAAAAUUUGGAAUGAAAUUCUUUGUAUGAAAAAAAUUUCACGUUAUGAUAAUUUCUUCAAUUCCGGUGGCCAUUCAUUAAUGGUUGUUUUAUUGAGAAAUAAAAUACGUGAAAAAUUCGAUGUCGAAUUGCCAUUUGAAAAUCUCUUUAGAGCACAAACUUUAGCGGGAAUAUCACGAGAAAUCGAUGAUAAACUCCACACUAAUCGCACUGAUAAGACAGAAUCAAUCAUUACCGUACUACGUGAAACAACGCAUGGAAAAUACAAUUUAUAUGCGAUUCAUGCUAUCAGUGGAACGAUUUAUCCGUAUUAUUCUAUUGUUAAUGCCAUUCCGGAUUACUUCAAUGUGUACGCUAUUGAAUAUCAACUAAGCUUUAAGGAAUCAACACUAAAUAAAUUGGCUGAAUUCUAUGCUAAUCAGAUUUUAAAACACCGAAAUGGAAUCGCUUAUAUUUUUGGUCAUUCGUUGGGUGGAAUUCUAGCACGCGAAAUCGCUUAUUACCUAAUUGCCUUUAAAAGAAAUCCACCUUUUAUUUUAAUGAUCGAUUCAUGGUGCACGGAUACAAAAAAUUUGUCGGACGAAGAUGUAAAAGGCUAUUUAAUGCCAAAAAUUAAACACUUAUCAUGCAAUGAAAAUAUUAUGAAAAAAGCUAUACAACUCGUCGAAAUGCUAAGAAAUUAUAUUUUUAUUAAAAAUGAUAUACAAAUAAUUUUAUUAAAAGCAAACGAUAUUCGAAAUAGGAUUAUAAGAAAUGAAAAUUCGGCUAAAAUUUUACGAUCGUUGCCCGCUAACGGUUGGCAAUUGUAUUCAACAUCAGCCGUUCGUGUAUAUCUUUGUGACGGUGAUCACGAUUCGCUAAUGCAUCCUAAAAAUCUCCCCUCUCUUAAACGAAUAUUUACUGAAAUUUUCAUGCAAAUAAUUCAUUGA